AGUAAUCAAUACCUUGUUGCCUGUUAAGACUCGGCAAAGAAAUGAAAAGGAGUUUAGCUGACACCUCAACUCGCAGCACAGCAGGUUGUCUGCCUGUGCCACUGUUCAAUCAGAAAAAAAGAACUAGACAGCCCCUCACUUCAAAUCCACUUAAAAAUGAACCAGGUGCCGGUCCUGGGACUCGUACUUAUGACUUCUCUCCCACAUCAUUUGGCUGGGGGACUGCAAACCCAGAAGUGGCUGAACUGCAGAAAGCAGCAAACAGUGGCCAAACAGAACAUCAGAUGGCUCCUUCCCUCCUGAAACCACCAAAUGCAUCAAAGUUUAAUUUAGCAAAUGCUGGAAAAAACUUGACUGCCUGCAGGAACAGAAAUGAGUAUAAUCCUUUGAAUAACACAGCAGAUCCAAGGUCUGACAGUGGAAUCACUCAAAAGUUUGGGAACCUUUCAAACAGUUGGAAAACUGUCCAGCAGCAAAAAAACCCUGGUAACCGUAAUUCAUCUCAGCUCCUCAAAACAGAAACCAGCCAGCCAAAGACACCCAAAGGACAGUGGCCAGUGAAACCUAACCCUGUAUCAAGAAGCCUGCAGGGUCAUAGUCCGGCAUAUAAAUUUAACUCCAAUAUUCAGCAAAAUAAAAUGAAUGAAGACCAAUUUGAUUUUGUCCCAGAAGAAAAAAGUCAGGAAGUUCCAUCAUCCCAAAUAAAAAUGAGAGAAAAAAGGAAUUCUUUGCGAAUCCUGUCUGCAGUCAUUGAAAGCCUGAGGCACUGGAGUCAAUACUCUUACAGAACUGCUCUCUUAUUCGAGGUCUUAGGCACACUGGACUCUGCAGUCACACCUGGAGCUUAUGGGGCAAAGAACUUCCUUCUGAGAGAUGGAAAGGAGACCCUGCCUUGUGUGUUUUAUGAAAUUGACCGUGAGCUUCCAAGACUAAUUCGAGGCCGAGUGCACAGGUGCAUGGGAAACUAUGAUGCAAAAAGGAACAUUUUCAAGUGUGUCUCUGUAAGACCAGCAACUGCUCCAGAACAGAACACUUUCCAGGACUUUGUGAAAAUUGCAGAUGCUGAGAUGGCAGCAUAUGUAAAAACAAUGAAUGAAAUGUAGAAGUUGAAAUGGAUUCUCUGACUUUCACUGAUCGUUACCCAGAAAGGCUGGACGUGCUGAAGCGUUUCCCAAAACUAACAGUGAGAAUCUGGUUGAAUCAUUGGGAAUAUCACUGUGCUGUGCUAGCCAACAAAUGUUAGUAACAAUGUUUUGUUCUCACUGUUACUUUCUUUGGCUUUCCCAGUUAAAUAUUCAAUAACAGGGGUUUGUUACAUAGUAGAUUAGACUUUACUGGAUAAAUUUAGAAUUAAAAUGCUGAAGUUUUGCAGUAGAGCAAGUGUCUUACAAUUCAGAUUCCCACUGCUUUUCGUUAUCUUCAGUUUUGAGAAAUUCCUUCAAUACCUGGUUCAAAAUGUUGACUGCAUACUUAUUUUGAGCAGUAUUUGCUCAUGGUUCAACAGCUAACA